AUUAGAAAAAAUUGUGAGGUGGUUUAAAAUCAAAGAAAAAAAAUAUACAAAUGAAACAAGGGGGAAAUAUUGUGAAGAAAAUGUAUAUAUAUACAUGAGACAAGAAGUAUUUGUGAAGUAAUGUAAUUUAUUCAUCAGACAUGAAGGAAAUAUUGUGAAGUAAUAUAAAAUAUACAUGUAGCAACAAGGAAAUAUUGUGAAGUAAUAUAAUACAUACAUGUAGCAACAAGGAAAUAUUGUGAAGUAAUAUAAUACAUACAUGUAGCAACAAGGAAAUAUUGUGAAGUAAUAUAAUACAUACAUGUAGCAACAAGGAAAUAUUGUGAAGUAAUGUAAAAUAUACAUGAAACAACAAGGAAAUAUUGUGAAGUAUUGUAAUAUAUACACGAAACAAGAAGGAAAAUAUAUUGUGAAGUAAUGUAUUAUACAUAAAGUUGAGGACAUGAUGAGUUCGAUGGAGAAUAUCGCUGAGGGGUUGCUCAUAUCUGAUUCAGCAAGGCAGAAAUUCUCUGCAGCAGUUGAUAAACAGAACCUUAUAGCUCAAACAGCAAUACAGUCACUGGACACACUAAAUGACCAGAUAGUACAGUUUAUAUUUCACGGUGGGGAUGUUAGUACAAGCAGGGAACAUAUAGAAAAUGACAAAGAUCUAGGACCAAAGGAACAGGAAACACUUCAUUCUUCUAUGGUGUUAAUCCGGAGGUUAUUAAAUGACGCUCAAGCCAAGUUUAGAACAAUGGUUGAAGAUAAUAAACAACUAGCAACAAAAAUUGAUGGAUCUAUCAGUGCUGCUAACCAAGAAGUUAGCGCAUUACGAGCAGAACUUGAAGAUACAAAUAAACGUUUGUCUGAACUAAGUGAAAAUCAGUCAACAAAAAUAGAAAAUGGAGUACAUGUAGAGAAUGUGGAAUUGCAGUAUAAUUCUCGUCAAAAAGCAGAUGAAGAAAAUGAGUUGAAAAGAUUAAAAGAAGAGAAUCAGAGGUUGGAAAAUAAUGUUCGAAAAUUGACUAGAGAGAUAAGUGAGUUGCGCAGUUUAAAGGUGGUCAACAGUGACCACCCUAGCUAUGGGGAACUGAAACUUGACUUAAUACAAACUAAACAAGAUCUAAACAGAGCAAAAGAAGCUUUAGCAGCACUUAAAGCUGACAGAAAGCGGUUAAAAGGGGAGAAAUUGGAGUUACUGAAUCAGAUGAAACAAUUAUAUGGAACAUUAGAGGAUAAGGAAGCAGAACUUCGUGACUUCAUACGUAAUUAUGAGCAGAGAAUGAGAGAAAGUGAUGAUACAAUUAAACAGUUAUGUGUAGAGAAGGAACAUUGUGAUCGUGAGAAAUGGGAUAUAAUACAGAAGGCUCGUCACGCAGCUGAGCAAGCAGUAUUCCUACAGACACAUUCUGAAGAAAGGGAAAAACAUAUACACAAAUUAGAAACAGAGUUGAUAGAGCUACGUGAGCAGAUUGCACAGAGUCGGUUGUAUACGCUGGAUCUACCAAGUACACCAAAGAGUUUGGACUCUCACACACCAACAAGUGAUGAUCUACCACCAUUUGAUACACCACCACCAUCAGCCAAUGAUAGUUCUAAAGAGGAAUGUUUCCAUGUACCAACAAGUACACCAAAGAUUGCCAACAAACAUGAUCGGGACAAUUCAUUCACGCCCCUGAACACCUUCCUUGAUAACAACAAUGAUUUGAUGGACAGUAAUAAAACAGAAGACAUUUUAGAUACAUCAUUGGAACAGAGGAAGAAAAAGAGAAUCAGUCUUGGAUCACUGUCUAAGGUCUUCUCCCGCGGGAAAACACGCCGUUCUUUAGCCAUGUCUUGUGAAGAAACAGAUGGUAGUUCAAUAAAAAUUUAUUUAGACCUCGUGCUGCUUGGUAUGAGUGAUAACGACCUGGCUUCUGCUCUUGAAAUUAAACACCCACUACACAAGAAGAAACUCCGCCUUGCUAUAGAGGAGCAGAGAAAUUUAGUUAUUGGAAGUUGCCCAAAGUGCUCAAUGUUGGAUCAUACUUGGGUGGCACAUAAGUGGCUUCAUGAUAUUGGAUUGCCACAAUUUUCUCCAAUAUUUGAGAGUAAUCUUGUAGAUGGGCGAAUGCUUAACAACUUGACUCGUAAAGAUAUGGAAAAACAUUUGGACGUACACAGGAAAUUUCACCAGUCUAGUAUACUUCAUGCUGUGCAAUUAUUACGGAAACUUGGAUUUGAUAAAGAGGUGUUAGCUCAAAGAAGAUUUGACUGUGAUAAAACAUUUACUGACCCUCUUGUAUGGACAUCACAACGGGUUAUAGAAUGGAUACAGAAUAUAGACUUAGAAGAGUUUGCCGACAAUUUAAAACAGUCAGGUGUACAUGGUGCAUUGAUUGUAUUAGAGCCGACGUUUACAGCGGAUUCUCUUGCCUCAUGUCUACAUAUACCUCCCUCUAAACUCUAUAUACGUCGUCAUCUACAGACUGAACUAGAGGCACUAGUCAAACCAGCAAGGGAACAAAUUGUAUUGAAGAGAGGAACAUUAGGGAGGUCUUCACGUCACAGCAGUAUCUCUACUAGUCACUCUAAAUCUAGAAUCAGUCUCAGAGGUUCACUAGGUCGAGCAUUUGGUAAGAAAGUAAAGGAGGAAAUGAUGACUUCUAAGAUGUCACUAGAGGCAGAACUUGAUUCUCCAAAACAGAAAAGAACAUCUGCUCCCAUCAUGCUUGAUAAUGAUGAUAUCCCGGAACAAAUUAAAGAACUUGAUAAAGCGAUUGAGCAAGCAGCUUUAUGACAGAGAUCUACAAAAACAGUGUGACAAAUGACAUUUCAACAUUUAUUAAGUAAUUCAAUAAAACCAUGACAAAUGUCAUUAAAACAUUUAAUACUUUAUACAUUUAAACACCAUGACAAAUGUCAUUUAAACACUUAUUGGCAUGGAUCAAUUAAACACCAUGGCAUUGUCAUUUAAACACAUUGAUAUAGAUCAAUUAAACACCAUGACAAAUGUCAUUUAAACACUUAUUGACAUAGAUCAAUUAAACACCAUGACAAAUGUCAUUUAAACACUUAUUGACAUAGAUCAAUUAAACACCAUGACAAAUGUCAUUUAAACACAUAUUGAUAUAGAUCAAUUAAACACCAUGACAAAUGUCAUUUAAACACUUAUUGAUAUAGAUCAAUUAAACACCAUGACAAAUGUCAUUUAAACACUUAUUGAUAUAGAUCAAUUAAACACCAUGACAAAUGUCAUUUAAACACUUAUUGAUAUAGAUCAAUUAAACACCAUGACAAAUGUCAUUUAAACACUUAUUGGCAUGGAUCAAUUAAACACCAUGACAAAUGUCAUUUAAACACAUAUUGAUAUAGAUCAAUUAAACACCAUGACAAAUGUCAUUUAAACACUUAUUGACAUAGAUCAAUUAAACACCAUGACAAAUGUGAUUUAAACACGUAUUGAUAUAGAUCAAUUAAACACCAUGACAAAUGUCAUUUAAACACUUAUUGACAUAGAUCAAUUAAACACCAUGACAAAUGUCAUUUAAACACUUAUUGACAUAGAUCAAUUAAACACCAUGACAAAUGUCAUUUAAACACUUAUUGACAUUGAUUAAUAAAACAUGUCAAAAUUAAUAUCCAUAAACAUUUAGUGUGUUUCUGCAUCUGACAUAACUGGGAUCAAGCUCUUUCAUGGCAUAUUUCAUGAAAGCAAGAGAAUAUAUUACUUUGGACUCAGGCAAUUUAUUUUGAUCAUAAAACUUACAAAGAAAUCCAGACAUUCAGAAAUUUAGGUUACUCAUUUGAGCUUUGUGUUCAACUUCUAGAAAAUGUGUUCACCAUCAAUAGUGCUCAAAGCUUUCUCAUUUUAAGUAUCAUUGUAUUAGAUGACUGGUUUAGUAAUGUAGAUAUAUGAUUCUUUCUCACUGCUCAAUAUAAUAUCUGUGUACAUUAUUAUUUCAAUAUGUGCCAUUAUCAUAAUCGUUAGAUGAAAAUCAUUUCUUGCAAAAUUGCUUUUUCCUCAAGUUACAGGAAAUAUUAGAUCCAACAAUAAAACUCUCUUUCUCAUUUGGAAGAUGAUUAAAAUAUAUUACUGAUUUUUAGGUAAUGGCAAGUACAUUUGUAUGUUUAUAUAAGUAAGCUGCUUUUAAGGACUAACUAAGUUAAACUUAAAAGAAAUGUAGAAUUCUCUACAACAAUUCUUUAUAUUGUAUAGUAUUGUUAGAAGUCCUGUCUCUCAAGUUUGAGUCAACAAACUGUUUUCAGAGACAAAUUGAGAUAAAGGUAUAUACAAUUGUUGAUUUAUAAUCACAUGUUUGCCAGCAUUAUAUGAUCUUUUAUUUUCUUCUGAUAGGACUUAAUUGUUGUUAGCAGCUGAUGUCCCUUGUAGUUUUAUUUUAUUUAAUGCAGCCAGGCUGAUAAGAGAACUUCUGUAUGGUUGCCAAGAAAGUCUUUCAUUCUAUCAUUGAAGUAUUACUACAACUUUGUUGAGAUUAUUCUUAUAGAUGUAAAUUUUGAUCAUAUUCAUAUAUCAUGUAGUUUUUAUACUUCUUUAUAGAUUUAGUUCAAAUGGCAAAACCAGAAUAUAAUUUGAUUGUUAAAAUUUUAACUGUGUAUCUUGUUAUUUGUUUCUAUUUAUGCAUGUUCAUUUUCACUAUUGUUGAAUGUAGGAAUUAAUUUUGUCAAAUAUAAUAGUUACAAAUUGUAUAUAUUGUUUAGAUUAAACGUUUUCGUAUUUUAAUAAGUUGUUAGAAAUGGUUUAUUGAUUUAGGGCAGAUUUGAAAUGUUUUGACAAGACAAUUUUCUCUACUUUGAUUAACUUUCAUGAAGAUGCUUAUGUGUUCACAUGAGCAAGUUAAAUGCCAUCAUAGCAAACUUUUAAUUUAGAUCUUCAUGUGAUGGUAUUUCUGUAAUUUUUUGUGGGGGAUGGGCAGGUUAAUUAUGGAUUGGUCACAUUUGCCAAUGGACAAUUAAAGGUUAAUGUAAAAUAAACACUCCCCUUUAUGCCCUUUGAAAGAAAGUGAAUUUAACUGUUAAUUUUCAGCAAGUUUAAUAUUUUAUAAAUUCUACAAUAGCAUCAACAUAGCAUUUAACUAAAAAAUAGAGAAGAUCAUGACACUGUCUUGUCAAUAAUUGUCUUCGGUAAUAUUCCUUUUAUAUACUUUAUGAAUUGUUAAGUUGGAUAUUUUCAGCUAGCUUCUUCAACUUUGAGCUACUAAGUUUGUCAUGGAACAGUCAAUGAAGGAUUGAAUUACAUAACAUGUCAACCACAUUUAUGGAUGUUCCUUUAUAACAAAUCAUUCUUUAUAUGCAAGUUUAAUAUUUCACCUUAUACAAAUAGCACUGACACUUAAUGAAUCAAAUUUGAAAUGACCAGUGAAAAAGGUGUGAUGAAUGACCUCUGCAAGUCACAUUUUAUUUAUUUAUUUAUGCGUUCCAUCUUCUGUACGGCCUUUACACUUGAAGUCCCGAUGCAGUGAUGAACUGCACCGUUCUUCUAAGGUCCUCUUUGCUGCCCCAUAGCUUGUUGUUGUACGCUGUAUCUGUAGGCCAAUACGUCUGGCGGGCCUCUUCCAGGUUAGGGCAGUUCUGCAGGAUGUGGAAGGGCGUCUGUUCUUCUGCUCCACACUGGCAUGAAGCUGUAUCGGCGAGACCAAGUCUUUUCAUAUGCUUUCGUAGACGGCAGUGUCCAGUUCUGAGCCUGAAGAUGGUAACUUGGCAACUUGCAAGUCACAUAAAAGAUGGAAUUCGAUUGACACUAUGGGUACCCUGUUUUGCAAAAUCUACUAAAACAGUACUCUGCUCAUGCACAAGCUAUUCUCUGCUGAAAACAUGUAGGCAACAUACACCAAUCUAGUAAAUGCUCAUUCUACUGAUAAAAGGUGGUAUGCACCGUGAUUGACUGAAAAAUUUCAUUGUUAUCUUAUCUUUGGUUCCUGACAAGAAAUCCUAUGGGGCCAGACGUAUUUUCUGUAAAAAAUUCUAUGCAUGUAUUAUCUGUAUGCUAUUCUUUGUUGUAAUUAUUUGGUUUUACUUGCUGUAUAUAAUUCUAUAUGUUAAGUUAUGUUUUCUAGUUAUAUAUUUUAUAUUAUAGUGUUUAAAUAUUGUGAUACUGUAUAUGUAUAUUUAUACCAAAGUAGUUGAUAUAAACUAGCAGCUCUAAGUUACAUGUACAAUUUAGCUGCAAACUUGAAUUUCCGUAUAUACAUCUUUAAGAAAAUUAAAUCAAAAGUUAACUCUCUCAUGGAUUAUGUAAUGUUAUCUUUAAUUGUUGUUUAUUAACUUGUAUUAAUUGAAGGUUAAGAAUAAAAGGAGGAUGAGCAGAAGAUCAAAGAAUUCAGUAUAAAACCAAUAGUUAACAGGCUGUUUAGAGGUCAAAUAUUAACUAUAUAUUUACCAAAGACGAGACUGUGACAAUCAUAAUGUUGUAUUGUAACUUACAAACUUUACUUUUUGUGCAAAUAUAUUGAAAUUAUCCUGCCAGUAUUAUUAAAACUGACAAAUUGUGUUUGUAAUAUUGUUAAAUAGUAAAAUUGUGUAAUAAUGAUAAUUGUGAAACUA